AUGGCAAUAGAGACUGAGGGGGAAGAUAGGAAGGGGAAAGAAGAAACCAUGAGGAAGAAUAGGAAAGAUGAUGAGAGAGAUUUUCCCCCUCCCUACUCUUCUCCUCCUAACCUCUACCCAGUGUUGCCAGUGGACGAUGGGCUGCCCCUCCCUCCUCCUCCGCCUGCCCUGCUGGACCCCAUGCCAUCUACUGCACCAGUGCUUAUGCCCCCGCCCUUACCGCAAGCUGCCUCCCCGUUGACAGAUGUGGUGGCCAAACCACUCACUGGCCUGGCAGACAUGAUGGGAGGAACUGCAAAGCUGUCAAGAAAUAAAGAAGUUGCUGGGGGAGCCAAAGCAAAGGAAAGAAAGAGCAUUAACCCCUUCCCCCAGAUGGGAGGUCCGAGCAGCUCGACUGUGGAGGACGUCAGCGACACAUCAUCACAGUCGGGGUCAAAGUCAUCUCCUCCCCCAGCGAGUAGAACCAGACUACAGAAGAAGUUGACACCAGAGAAGAGAGGCAGGACACACGUUUUGACAGCCUGUCGUGUGGAUCCUAAAGACGUGGAAGAAGAAGGAAGAGAAGGUGACGACCCAGAAGCUACAAGCUGCUCAUUUGACUUUCUACCAAGGCCAGGCGCCAGCCGAGGGGAGGGGCUGGGAAGGGUCGUGGGGGUAAGACUAAGCCGGGAAACUGUUUCACAUGUAGGCAACCUGGCCAUUUCUCAGCUCAAUGUGAUCAAGCACUUCAGACUGGAGCUCAGAUGGUUGGAAGAGGUCGAGGCAGGAGUGGACCAAGAGGCAGAGGAGCCCCAAGGGGGGCCCCUAGAGGACAUGGGCCAGCAGAAGCUUCAGGACUGUGGCAUCCCCCUGCCCAACAGCCUUGGCAACCGCCACCAAACUAGUGGCCUGGGCCACUCCCUCAAUCUCAGCCUCAACAGCAGUGGCGGCCCCAAGAGGGCCCCCAUGGAAGUGGCCGACCUGGGCAAUGGCAGAUGGGCCCGCCUACACAGAUGACCCUGUAUAACCCAGGGCCAAGAACAGGAGGAAGAAUAUUGACAUGAUGAUGAGACAGGGACAGACGAAGUAGAGCUAACAGAAAAGCCGGAACAAUUGUUUUUAAAGAGCUACACUCUCCCUAGUAUUGAGCCAACAGUGGAGGCUUGCGUCAAUGAUGGCAACCGAAGUCAGCCUGCAUGCUUCCGGCGCGCCACUAGAGUGACUUCCCCGGCCGGCCAACCCUUCCCAUAACCCGGACCACUCUGGGCAAAUUGUGCACCGCCUCAUGGGUCUCCCGGGCACGGCCGGCUGCGACACAGCCUGGGAUCGAACCCGGGUCUGUAGGGACGCUCUAGCACUGCGAUGCAGUACCUAAGACCUAUGUAAAUAAGGUAUCUCUGUUUUUUAUUUUUAAUACAUGUGCAAAAAUAUUUAAAAUCCUGUUUUUGCUUUGUGAUUAUGGGGCAUUGUGUGUAAAUUGAUGAGGGGGGAAAGUAUUUAAUCCCUUUUAGAAAAAGGCUGUGACAUCACAAAAUGUGGAAAAGUCAAGAGGUCUGAAUACUUUCCGAAUGCACUGUAUGUAUUCAGAUAUGUAUUCAUUAACAUAUUAUUGAAGGAAGCAGGUUAAAUUGUUAGGUGGUGUAUACAGUUGAAGUCGGAAGUUUACAUACACUUAGGUUUUUCAACCACUCCACAAAUUUCUUGUUAACAAACUAUAGUUUUGGCAAGUCGGUUAGGACAUCUACUUUGUGCAUGACACAAGUCAUUUUUCCAACAAUUGUUUACAAACAGAUUAUUUCACUUAUAAUUCACUGUAUCACAAUUCCAGUGGGUCAGAAGUUUACAUACGCAAAGUUGACUGCGCCUUUAAACAGUUUGGAAAAUUCCAGAAAAUUAUGUCAUGGCUUUAGAAGCUUCUGAUAGGCUAAUUGACAUAAUUUGAUUCGAUUGGAGGUGUACCUGUGGAUGUAUUUCAAGGCCUACCUUCAAACUCAGUGCCUCUUUGCUUGACAUCAAGGGAAUAUCAAAAGAAAUCAGCCAAGACCUCAGAAACAAAUGUGUAGACCUCCACAAGUCUGGUUCAUCCUUGGGAGCAAUUUCCAAACUUCUGAAGGUAGCACGUUCAUCUGUACAAACGAUAGUACGGAAGUAUGAACACCAUGGGACCAUGCAGCCGUCAUACCGCUCAGGAAGGAGACUCGUUCUGUCUCUUAGAGAUGAACGUGCUUUGGUGCGAAAAGUGCAAAUCAAUCCCAGAACAACAGCAAAGGACCUUGUGAAGAUCCUGGAGGAAACAGGUACAAAAAUAUCUAUAUCCACAGUAAAACGAAUCCUAUAUCGACAUAACCUGAAAGGCCGCUCAGCAAGGAAGAAGCUACUGCUCCAAAACCGCCAUAAAAAAAGCCAGACUACUGUUUGCAACUGCACAUGGGGAUAAAGAUCGUACUUUUUGGAGAAAUGUCCUCUGGUCUGAUGAAACAAACAUAGAACUGUUUGGCCAUAACGACCAUCGUUAUGUUUGGAGGAAAAAGGGGGAGGCUUGCAAGCCCAAGAACACCAUCCCAACCGUGAAGCACGGGGGUGGCAGCAUCAUGUUGUGGGGGGGCUUUGCUGCAGGAGGGACUGGUGCACUUCACAAAAUAGAUGGCAUCAUGAGGAGGUAAAAUUAUGUGGAUACAUUGAAUCAACAUCUCAAGACAUCAGUCAGGAAGUUAAAGCUUGGUCGCAAAUGGAUCUUCCAAAUGGACAAUGACCCCAAGCAUACUUCCAAAGUUGUGGAAAAGUGGCUUAAGAACAACAAAGCCAAGGUAUUGGAGUGGCCAUCACAAAGCCCUGACCUCAAUCCUAUAGAAAAUGUGUGGGCAGAACUGAAAAAGAAUGUGUGUAAAAAAAGAGCCCACCAAACCUGACUCAGUUACACCAGCUCUGUCAGGAGGAAUGGGCCAGAAUUCACCCAACUUAUUGUGGGAAGCUUGUGAAAGGCUACAAGAAACGUUUGACCCAAGUUAAAAUAUUUAAAGGCAAUGCUACCAAAUAUUAAUUAAGUGUAUGUAAACUUCUGACCCACUGGGAAUGUGAUGAAAGAAAUAAUACUGAACUAAAUCAUUCUCUCUACUAUUAUUCUGACAUUUCACAUUCUUAAAAUAUAGUGGUGAUCCUAACUGACCUAAGACAGGGAAUUUUUACUAGGAUUAAAUAUCAGGAAUUGUGAAAAACUGAGUUUAAAUGUAUUUGGCUAAGGUGUAUGUAAACUUCCGACUUCAACUGUAUGUCAUAGUAUUUGGCCUCAAACAAUAAUGGUAUCUCUCUCUCUCUGUGUGUGUGUGUGUGUGUGUGUGUGUGUGUGUGUGUGUGUGUGUGUGUGUGUGUGUGUGUGUGUGUGUGUGUGUGUGCGUGCGUGCGUGCGUGCGUGCGUGCGUGCGUGCGUGCGUGCGUGCGCAAGUGGGUGUGCAACUAGGUCAACUGAUGUUCUGUGGAGAGGACCUGAAUUGACCCCAUAGCUAAUAGGACAGAGAGAGAGGGUAGGGAAACAGAAAAGUGAAAUGUUGCGAAAGUUUUAGCACACAAUCAUUUUAAAAUGCAACCAAGUGAGUUGUUAAGUAAUAAGUUAUUUUAAUUACUGUACAUUUUUCAGGAAGGUCUGAUGAAAACCGUAUAAUUCCAUAUUUCCCAGCAUUAGUUCUCUGUUGUUAGGAGUGGAAGUGUUGUGUACAGAGCUGGGGGUCUAUUGAUCCACAUGCUUUAUUACCCUACACUGGGAGUGUUAACACUGUCCAGGAAGAUGAGGGGAGGAUCACCUGGAAAUGGUGCUAUCGAUCCCGGCUCGCUGCCACGGGAAAGGCUUCUAUGACGGAACAUCCUCCAGGGAUAUGUGGGAUCGGGAAGAUCUACCAACAGAGAACAGCGCUGCACAGGGGACACAUGACACAUCUGGCAUGUGUUAGGUUUUUGGUGUCCGAAGAGACAUCUAGAAUUUAGUCUAUGUUAUGUGGGUUUUUUGGGGGGAAGAGUUUUGUGGUGUCUCAGCUAGCGUCCCAUAUGGUACCCUAUUCCCUAAAUAGUGUACUACUGUUGAUCAGGGUCCAUAGGGAAUGGGGUGCCAUUAGGGAUGCAGCCUCAUGUGUCAUGUCUACAUCGUUGACCUAUUCACUGUCCAGACACCAUGAUGUGACCUAUUGGCUUAUUAGUUGUCAUAACAAGUGCCUCGGUGCAAUUUACCAUAAGUCAAAUGAAAUUGCCUGUUUCAUCAUGGCCUGUCUUAACAUAUUGUCAUUCAUUUUGUAAGUUAGUGCCUUUAUAUUGCACAUGGUGAAGUAAUGCUUGACAGAGUCCAAAACAACUGGAACAAAAGAGCGUGCCAUAUAACACAUCAAGACAGAACGUCACGUGUGAAACUUGAUCUCGCAAAAUGAAUUCUGUACAUUGUCCAACUGCUGCAAAUUCUGCAGUGUAAAUAUACAGACCAGGCUGCACCUAGAAUUUAAAUAGUAUGGAACCCCCUGGAAUCAAAUUAGUAUAAUCAUUUAAUCACCAUUUUAUUCAUCAAAGUACGUGACUUCAAAUCAAGAGACUUCUGGGUUUUUGCAUGGGCUGCAUCUCAUGCCACUGCAUCCGCCGGUGUCGGCCAUUCGGCUCUGUGGUGGAAAACGGCAGGCUUACCAAGGUGUUUGUGAGACCAGGAGACAUUACGGAAACAGGUCUUCUAACAGAAACGUCUUGUCACAAUACAGAGGCGGAUGCAAGAUGCAAGCAACGAUGGUUUAAUGAAAUAGUUUCCAGCAUCAACAGGACAGACAGAAUAUACUCAGACAGAAUCCAACCCAGGGCCUAGGGCACAUCCUCUGAUGAUAGCGUGCUGAGAAAUCCAAGGGAGUGAGUCCGGCUGGGUAGGAAGGAGCACAGCAGAUAAUCCCCACAAGGGCUGCGAGAGAAAGAGCACUGACACACGACACAACCUCAGGGAAGAAACAACGAUCUGACAACAAGAAACACAGGUUACAGAACAUAUAAAGGGGAAGAUAAUUAAUUCCAGCUGGCGCAGACAAUCAGGCCAAGAUUGGGAACCACGCCCACACAAACACAGGAGAGAGAGAGAGAGAGAGAGAGAGAGAGAGAGAGAGAGAGAGAGAGAGAGAGAGAGGCAGUGGAUUCAUGAACCGUGACACGUCUGUAAAGGCAGAACGGUUUGAGCUAAAAACGACACUUCUGAACAGCUGAGACACUUAUGAACACGAUCCGUUUUGCUCUAUGACGCCCACUAGCUUCACAGUACUGGUCCAAAGGUCAUCUGGUGAAUGUGCAGUAAAAAUGACAUCAUAGGUGGAGGGGUCAUUCCACUACAUAAAAUGUAAUAAAACAAUUCCUUCGCUAUCUCUCAGAUAUAAGAAACAUAAUUCAAAACAUACAUCCUUUUGAUAUAUUUUUUUGACCAUCUGUUUUUCCGUGCAUGAAUGUGUUAUUCAAUGUGUUUCUAUGUGCUAAUAGCAGUAAGUCCAAAUUCAAUGUUUCAUCAAAUCCUUUUUUAAUAUAUAUUUUUUUACACUUACAAGGGUCCUAAGAUUGUAAAUCAAAUAACUAAAUGGUCCAUGGUAUGAGCAUCGUAAAACAAUUCCACAUGUUAGCUUGGUGUGGAACUUGUAGCGAGUCAGUGAGAAGUGGGAGGAGGACGGUGCCAGGAGCAACACAUGGUAGACACCAGGGUCAUAAUCAAUCAAAAGGACUGAAACAUUACUUGGACUUGUCCAAAAGAAAGCACUCGUAUUCAUUUUCCAUUGCACAUGUUUUAAAAACAUUUUCCAUUGUGUGCCCUGAUGAAUACAACCACGUUCCUCUAGGGUCAUGUGUGGAGGGUGGAAACCCUGGCAGACUGACAGCCUGGCUGGCUGGCUGACUGUUAUACUGCAGUCAUCCCCAUACCUCACUGGACUCCAGGCCUCUGCUAUGUCAGGCUGCUCAAGCAAUCCACUGUCAGAGCCAGUUUGCCCUCUGCUGGGGUGAGUGGAAUCAACAAUGUCAAUACUGUCUCAGUCUAUUCCACAGAUAAACAACAACCCAAAUUGACACUUAAACACUGCUGUAUCAUGGUGCAACUGCUGCCAUCGUGGUCAGCCCAUCCCCAGUUCAAGCAAACCCCUUUGGCAGGCCAGGCAUCACCUGAAGCAUCUGAAAUCCCCAGGAUAAUGACUCUGUGAUGAAGUCAACUGACUCCUAUCAGGUUUUCUUAUCCUCCCAGUGCCCAGUCAGUGACAUCAAGACUGUUAAUACAGAUUGUCAUGUCCGGAGGUGUAAAGAGGCUGUGGCAGGAGGAUGUUGGACUUAUGUGCACUGGUGGUCCGCUGGGUUCUCUCCUUUGGACUGGUGGACUUCGUGGUCCGCUGGGUUCUCUCCUUUGGACUGGUGGCCUUCGUGGUCCGCUGGGUUCUCUCCUUUGGACUGGUGGCCUUCGUGGUCCGCUGGGUUCUCUCCUUUGGACUGGUGGCCUUCGUGGUCCGCUGGGUUCUCUCCUUUGGACUGGUGGCCUUCGUGGUCCGCUGGGUUCUCUCCUUUGGACUGGUGGCCUUCGUGGGGCUCUGGGUUCUCUCCUUUGGACUGGUGGCCUUCGUGGGGCUCUGGG